AUGCCUAUGCUUCGCAAUCCUUCGGACAAAUAUGAGGCUUUCAACCCUCCAGACCUUCCAGAUAGGACCUGGCCCUCAAAGCGGCUCACAAAGAGACCGCGCUGGUUGGCGACGGAUCUCCGCGAUGGAAACCAGGCUCUUGCAUGCCCGAUGAAUGUAGAGCAGAAGUGGGAGUACUUUCAGAUGCUCCUCCGGGUUGGAUUCAAGGAGAUCGACAUCUCAUUCCCCAGCGCGUCUGACACCGAGUUCAAUUUCACGCGAAAUGUCGUCGCCUCGGCGCCAUCGGACGUGUGGUUGCAGGUUCUAUCGCCCUGCCGAAAGGAGCUGAUCCGGCGCACCGUCGACAGCGUCACUGGCGCGAAGAAGGCCAUCAUCAGCCUCUACAUUGCCACGAGUGACAGCUUCAUCCAGACCAUGUUCGAGUCAUCCCAGGCUGCUGUGCUGCGCACCGCUGUGGAAUGCGUCGAGUAUACCCGGUCCAUCACCAAAGACGACCCGACCCAGCAGGAUACCACCUGGAACCUGAUGUUCAGCCCCGAGGCCUUCUCCGAUACCGAUCCGGCCUAUGCCAUUGCCGUGUGUAAAGCAGUGAAAGAGGCAUGGGGCCCGUCCAAUGAGAUCCCCAUCAUCCUCAACCUGCCCGCCACCGUCGAGAGAUGCACCCCCAACACGUACGCGGAUCAGGUGGAGAUCUUCUCGCGGGCCUUCGCCGGCCAAGAGGACGUGGUAGUUUCUCUGCACCCUCACAAUGACCGAGGCUGUGCGGUGGCCGCCGCGGAACUCGGUCAGCUGGCCGGGGCCACCCGCGUCGAAGGCUGUCUGUUCGGCAACGGCGAGCGGACGGGCAACGUCGACCUCGUCACCCUGGCUCUCAACCUGUACAGCCAGGGAGUCGAUCCGGGGCUAGACUUCUCCGAUCUCCCUGCCAUUCGCAAGACGGUGGAGAAGAUCACCCAGAUCCCCGUCCACCUGCGCGCCCCCUACGCGGGCGACUCGAUCUUCAUGGCCUACAGCGGCUCCCACCAGGACGCCAUCAACAAGGGGUUCAAGAAGUGGCGGAACGUACCACCGGGGGAACGCAGCAUCUGGAAAGUGCCCUACCUCCCCAUCGACCCGGAGGAUAUUGGGGCUACGUAUGAGGCCGUCAUCCGGGUCAAUUCCCAGAGCGGAAAAGGAGGCGUGGCCUGGGUCCUGCAACGGACUCUAGAUCUGGAGCUGCCCAAGGAGUUCCAACAGGCCUUCUCCAAGGUGAUCAAGGCCGAAUCGGAGGCCCAGGGACGCUGGCUUACCGAGGCUGAAAUAACCCAGUCCUUUCUCCGGCACUACUCAAUCUUGGAGAAAGACUCCCGGAUCCUUGCUUGCGACGUGCAGCCGAAGGCGGACGGCUCGGGCCGGGUCACCGUGAGGGCGAUCGUCCUGGUGAGUGGCCGGCCCCGCGAGGUUGUGGCAACCGGAGAGAAUGCAGCCGCAGCAGUCUCGUUUGCCUUCUCCUCCCUGGCGGGUCUCAACCUGGACUUUGAAUGCGUCCAGCGAACCAUCCAGAGCGACGCAGGAGAGCAGCUCAUCAUAGCGUUGGUCAAGUGCAGGAAUCUGUGGCGUGCAAAGGCGGCUGAGCGGGAGGAUCUUGCAAUCGCGUUGGCGUGCCUGUCAUCUGCUCUGGACUUGCAGGAAGACCUCCCGCCAUAUCGACAAUUCCUGAGACUCCUGCCAAUUGUUCAGGUUGUCAACUGA